AUGCAUGGGUGCCACGGCCUCCUCGGCAGCUUGCUUCCAAGUGCCAUGUGGACCUGGUGCAUCUGUGGCUCUUGGGAUGCCCGCCUUCCAAGCAUCUUCUUCGGAGCCGUGAAAUCUACACACGCACCAAAUGUGUUAAGAUUUUCUUCCCGUUGUUCAAUUCUCUCCAUCGCUGGAGUGAACUGGCAAGUGACCAAGGCUGUUCCCCAGAGAGCUGUUCCCAGGCCUCCUUCUUUGCUGCCCAGGUCCUUUCUGGAGCACCUGCUUGCCUUUACAAUGAACUUGCACUCGUUUGAAGCCAGUGGUUCACCUUUCUGUAUUUGA